ACAGUAUUUCGUUCAAUUUUUUGGUUGUUUGGCGUUAGAAACUUGUACAUGUUUACACCAUGAAAAAAUCACCAAAGUAACCUCCCAGGGUCAUGAAAAGCACUUCAACUUCAAGGCAGACUCACGAAAAAACAUAUAUUUUUGUUAAAACGAUAAACAACGGUUGAGAUUGUACGAAAUUUGACUUGAAUGUUUCACCGRCACACCUAGUGAAAAUGGCCGACUCUAAAAAAACUAAAGAAACUUCAAUASCAGUGGAURGUUUAAAGGCUAAAAAACCCGGCGAAACCGCAUCAAGCCUUGCCAAAACUAAUCCCAAAUCAGAUMCCAAAACUACCAAGAGRCACAGCCUAGCAUCGAAGCCCGAGGAUUCGAGAUCCAGACCUCAAAGUGCUACACGCAGUACUCCUAGAAGUAGGUCAGCUUCGGCGGAUAGUGUAAACAGAACUUCAAUCUCCAUAGAAGCUCGCCAAGAGAAGGUCAAACAACAACGCGAAAAGCAAGUCGAAGAAAGAAAAAGAAAAAAUGAAGAGCGAAGGCUUGCCUUUGAAGAACGAAGGAGGCAGAAACAAGAAGAUGAGAARCAAAAAUGGGAGCAGUUAAAACAAAUGGCUGCCAUACAUAGACCAGGGUCAGGACGCAAACUUCCAACCUUGCCAGACGGUCCAAAGAGACCCUCWACUGCAGGGCCAACCCCCACUAGACCCUCGGCUCUACCUAAAUCACUGAAAACCCCAACUACUCCUAAAUCUUCAGGGGGUGACAAAAAGACUCUAGGGAGCCCYGCAMGGUCAAGCUCCAGCUUAUCAUCAGACUCAAGUCCCAGACAAUCACCCACAACCAACCCUAAAAACCUWUUAAGUGCCUCUAAAGCAGGUUCAAGUGGAAAUGUAAAUGACUAUCGUAGAGCUAGUACAAGUAAUUUAUAUAAAGCACCAUCAGCAUCUACAAGACGACCAUCAUCGUUACAUUCCGAUGACAGUAAAUUGACAGCUUCAAAAAGUCACACAUCAUUAGCACCUAGUAGAGUAGGAGUCAAAAARGCUCAAUCUACMAGUGCCUUGCAYCGAAUCGAUUUUGACAAGCCUGCACACACAACAAAGAAACAUACCCCAAAACAAGAAAARCCAAAGGCUGGAAUGCUUGAYGAGGCCGCUGCCAAGCAGGCAUUAGCAGAAAGAMGRAAACAGGCAAGAGAAGAGGCYGARCGCAAAGCAAAACUUGACCUUGAAAGGCAGGAGGAAGAACGYAGGAAGAAAGAAGAAGAAGARAAGAGAAUUGCUGAAGARYUAGCUAAAGAAGAAGAGCGGAUGAGAGMACUUGCMGAGAUGUUAAASCAACAAGAAGAAGAACGAUUACAAAGGGCUAUUGCUGAAAAAGAAGAAAAAGAUAAAGAAGARGCUGCAAGACUUGCUGAAGAAGARAAGCAACGCGAAGAAGAAAGAAAAAUGAAAGAAGAAGAAGAAAGACUUGCUAAAAUUGAAGCUGAGAAAAAAGCAAAGGAAGACGAGGAAAGAAGAAAACAAGAAGAAAAGGAAAGACAAGAGAGGAGAAGGAGAGUUGAGGAAAUCAUGGCGCGUACAAGACAAGCCAAGACUGGAUCUCCCAAUCCUGAUGCARCAGAAACUAAACUAGAGACACCUCCACAGGAAUCAAAGGACAUUGAUGCCGAAGACACAAAGAAAAAAGUCACAGAACUAUUACAGAAAGUAAAAGACAGAACGGAAGGACACGAAUCUCCGACAUUAUCACUAGAAAAACCUGAUAGCACAGAAAAUGCAACUAUGGACGUUGAAAAACCACUAGAAACAGAAAAUACAUUUACUAAUGAAAAUGUUGAUACUGAAAAUACUCAAAUGAUACCACAAAGCAUUGAAGAAGAACCAAAACUAAUACAAGAAGUCACUGGCAUUUCCUCACAUAGCGAUUCUGUUGUCAAAGUGCRUGUUAGAAUAUCAGAAACUAGAACUGAAGUAAAAAUGGAUGAAAAUAGCGGGACUAGAACUUUAAGUGAAGUGAAUUAUAGUGAGAAUAGAAGUGAAGAGGAUAGCAAUCGUGUUUCCAAUGGAUCUAUGAAUGGACAUAAUCAACAAGCAAUCACGGAUGUGAGGCAGCAUAAUUCAGCCACUACAAAUGAAGACCAUCAGGAUUCAAAUGAAGAAGAAAUACUUUGGAAACAAACAGAAAUCCUGAUGCAAAAGACCGAAAAUAGCACAGCAGAAAAGCUSGAAAAUGCUGGCAUUGUAGCAGAGGGGGACAAUGACCCUGACAGUGARGAAAGUAAACUAUGGAGAGUUAUCGAAGGCACUGGGAUUGCACUYUCUGAUGUCGCUUAAAGAGAGAUAAAAUUAUUGCUCAAUUAUCUGGUCUUUGACAGUGUUAUGAACUAGAAAAUGGUAAUGUAGGCAUUGUGGAGAGUUAUCAAAGAUUAUGGGGUUAAACACUCUGGUAAUUGUACUUAAAUUAAUGAAAUUUGUCUGAACUAAAACAGUUAUGUAGGUAUAACAGGUAACUGGUUGGUGUAACUGGUUAUAAAUAUUUAGUUCUAAUGUGCACUGCAGGGGGGAGGAGGGAGGGAGUAGAUGGGGAUGCCCCUGCACUGUAUGUUUAAAGAAAAAAGAACUUUAUUUUCUAUUAAAAACCAUCUUGACUAAUCUAAUCCUAACUAGUGUCUUGAAGUAGAGCAGAGUCACUUGAACCAUGAAUUAGAAACUAAAUACUUAGUAACAAAAAGGCACUAUUUAGACACUAUCACUGAACYAGAACAGUACAAAGAAUAAAGAAAAGAAAUUACCUUGCUUGUUAUAUAGUGGUCUCUAGGGUAGAGUUAUUUUCAUCCGUCUGUGAAAUAGGAAUAUUGUGCUAUUAAAUACUAUUACCCCCUAUUAGCUCCGAAUAGUUUAACUUAUGACAUGCGACAAGCAAAUUAGGCAAAAACGGUUUUGAUUUUGCCUUUUGGUAGCCUACUACACCCUAAUAGUUACUAUUCAACACUGACUAGUAGUAAUUGUUUCACAGACGGAUGAAAAUGACUCUAAUGCUCAUUGGCUCAAAUAAACUCUUUUGGCUCAUUGAUAACGAUUAUCAGGAACUAAAAGUUCCUAUUAUAGUUUCUAUUGCAUGGUUCAAGUGAUUGUGCAGUACCAAACAUUUUUAAGUUGUCUGAUUCAAAACCAGAAGCUAGAUACAAAAUGUUGGAAUAUUUACUAUGUUCCUCUGCUUUACACAUACUYUAUGGUUUUGAACAUGACAAAUGAUAAUAAUUGUAAAUUCUGUGCUUAUUAUCAAAGUUCUCUGAUUGUCUCAGGAUCCAGUUUUCAAAGUUUGUCUUUAUCAUGGGAUAGCUGUGUCAAUCACUCAAGAGAGAGACUGGUUCCCUCUACAGAGUAAAUAUGCACAGGAAACCCAAAACAAUCCAACAAUCUAAACCUUUGAAAAAUAAGCUUUUAAUCUAAGAAUAUGUAAAUAUUACUUGAAAAAUGCCCUGAAAAAUGUCAAUAAGGUUAAUAAUUAGAUCAUAAUUCUGCUGAGAUUUAUAUUUUUGUCACGUGGUAAAUUUUUUUGAUAAAUGAUAAUUUUUUUCUAAAUAAUGAGCAGUAGAACGGGGCAAGAGUUUACUUGAGAUGUUGACAAUGAAGUAGUUGUGACUAUUUUGAUGCAGUAUUUCAAGUGAUAAACAUUGGAUUAGCUGUAAAAUGUCUUGUGUCAUGUAGUUGCAGAUUUCAAAACCCAUUUGUCUUGCUGUUGUUUGUUUUUAUUGAACAUCGCUAGAUUAUCAAGUUAUAAAGCUGCUUAGAAGCCGUUCAUUUGUGUUUUAACGCAAUGCCUGACUGCCGCAUUGCGUAACAGCAUAAAUGAUUUUCGAGCUUUGAAUAGAGAGGAUUUGCUACAUCUGAGUUUGCGAACAAAAUUGUACAGAUAGGUACACAAUUCCUUGUUUUUUAAUUGUGCAAUGUUCGUCAAUGUGUUUCACCAAUGUUGUUGUAGUGCACUGUGAAUUCCAUUAUUUAAAUGUUACCUUUGUCUAAGUAAAGUUUGUAAAAUUUGGUUUAAAAAAUGAUAUUUAUUAAAGUUUAAGGGCAACCAGCCCACCCUGCCUCCAA